AGAACGACAACAGAAAGCACCAUGUCGAAGGGAAUAACACAGAUUUUUAACUCGUUCCAAGAUUAUCUAAACAACGAGCAGGGAACACGCGAGGUACGUAUUCAACGUUCCUCGAAUAGCCAUGCUUUUUAGGUUGCGCCAAAUGCCAGAUUGUCAAUGUCGCGUUGAAUGAAAUGUCGAGCGACACGACGGGCGUCCUGUCAUUUUAAGCCAAAACUACCGCAAAGCCGAAUGAAGUCGCGAAUUCGCGCAACAAGCGCGUUUUCCAUAGAGUCUUUCAUUCGGCGCUCUUUGCAGGAGAUACGUGUUAUUGUCAAGGAAAUUGAGAAGAAUGCCAGAGAUAUUUUAAUAAUAUUGCAGAACAUUCACAAUGUAGUAACAUCUAAGGACCAGGAGGAAAUAAUUAUAAUAAAACACUGCGCGCAUGCGAGGGAACUGUUCGAAGAAGUGAGGAAGCAGUACGCGAGUUUGACCGCGUUGGUACCAAAUGAUCAGUAUUAUCGUUUUCACGACCAAUGGCGUUUCGUCACUCAAAGGCUGUGCUUUUUAGUUUCUCUAGUGAUAUAUCUAGAAGCGAAAAUUCUGGUCACCAAAGAGACUGUUGCUGAAAUAUUAGGAGUGAAAAAUAAUAGAGAGGAUGGCUUUCACCUGGACCUUGAGGAUUAUUUGCUGGGUUUGCUUCAGUUGUCCGCCGAAUUGAGCCGUUUCGCAGUAAAUUCCGUCACAGGUGGCGAUUACAAUCGGCCGAUAGAAAUCGCGCAAUUCCUAAACGAACUGAACGCUGGCUUUAGACUUUUGAACUUGAAGAACGACAUGUUGAGGAAACGUUUCGACUGUCUCAAAUAUGACGUGAAGAGAACUGAGGAAGUAGUGUACGACCUGACUAUCCGUGGCCUGAAACCCGCUGCUGCGUCCGCCUCUCCGAGCCGGCCUACUGACGAAACCGUCUAGAUAUUCCUUCUAUAUAUUUUUUAAUUUUUUUUUCACACUAACGUACCUCCUGCGUAAUCUUACAUAAUUUACGAUCGCAUAAAGUAAGAUUUUCACACGUAAUAGAUAAUAUAUAUGUAUAAACAUUUACAUACGUUUAAUAAACGUUCUAUGUGUUCCAUAA